UGCCACCUAUCAAUGGCAAUCAGUGCCACCUCUCAGUGCUGCCAAUCAGUGCCACCUAUCAGUGCCAGUCAGUGUCGCCUAUCAGUGCGCAUCAGUGCUGCCUAUCAGUGCCAGUCAGUGCCGCCUAACAGUGCCAGUCAGUGCUGCCUAUCAGUGCCAUGCCACCUGUCAGUGCCAUAUAUCAGUGCUGCCUUUCAGUACCCAUCAGUGAUGCCCGUCAAUGCCCAUCAGUGUAACCUACCAGUGCCUCCUCAUCAGUGCCCAUCAGUGCCACCUAUCAGUGUCCAUCACUGCAGCCUCAUU